UUUGCUUUAGACAUUAGAUAAUACGAUUUUGUUUUCAAUGAAAUUCUAGGCAAAACACAUUAAAUAUAUAUUUUUCUAUCAACACUAUGCCUGGCUACGAUGGAGCUGUGACCAUAUAUUCGCCCGAUGGGCAUUUGCUGCAAGUGGAAUAUGCUCAGGAGGCGGUGCGCAAGGGCUCCACAGUGGUGGGCUUGCGCACCAAAGAUUCGAUUGUGAUGGGCGUGGAGAAGAAGGCCGUGGAUACGCUGCAGGUGGAGCGUACAGCGCGUAAAAUUCGAAAGCUCGACGAUCAUCUGGUUGUGACUUUUGCCGGCCUGACUGCCGAUGCACGCAUCCUGCUGAAUCGCGCUCAGGGCGAGGCGCAGAGCCAUCGCCUCAACUUCGAGCGGCCCGCAACGGUGGAGUACAUAACACGAUAUAUCGCUAAAUUGAAGCAGAGCUACACACAGAGCAAUGGCAGACGUCCGUUUGGCGUCUCCUGUCUGAUAGGCGGCUUUGAUGCGGAUGGCAAGCCGCGUCUGUAUCAGACCGAGCCCUCUGGCAUUUACUACGAAUGGGCGGCCAAUACCACCGGUCGCCUGGGCAAGACGAUGCGUGAGUAUUUGGAAAAGAAUACGCCUGCCAUGAGCAACUCGCCCGAUGAUGCCGCUGCCAUCAAGCAUGUGGUGCGCGCCCUCCACACGUCCACAGCCCUGAAUGCCAGCUUCUAUGAGGUGGCCGUGCUCAAGUAUCAGCAGCCGCUGCACAUGGUCAGCCCCACAAUGGUGGCUCAUUUGGUGCAGGUUAUCAAGCAGGAGGUGGCAGACGAGGAGGCCAGGCUGAAGAAGAGUUUGGACACCAAAACCUACGCUCGGCCCCUUUGGGCGGGGCAAAAGUAAUCAGCACGAAAAAUGUGUAAACCGAGCAAAUCACUUAAUUUGCCUCAAGGGCAUCUUUAAGCACUUCAGCGUCCGCAGCUUCGCACACAAAUCCUGUCCAGCCGCCUUUGUGUGUGCG